CGCUGUGUGUCGCUCCGCUGCCAAGGGACGACAGCGCUUCACUGGGUCUAUGGCUUUCAAAUGACCAACGAUCAGUUAUCAAUUCUAGCCAACAAGUGUUUACAGGAUAUCAUUUGUAAAUAGAGAAACAUAACAGAAAGCCAUCGAAGGUGGUUGGAAUACUCAAAGCCAAGGAUUAAUCUUUGACCAUCUUCAUUAUCAUGCAGGGACAACAACAGGAAGAGGAAUGGGAGGAAGACGAGCCCGCUGAACUCACUCCAGAACAGGAGGAAGAGUUUACCAAGAUGUUCAAAGUAUUCGACAAGAAAAAUGACAAUUGCAUCUCAGCCACACACUUGGCGGCCGUCUUGAGGGACCUCGGUCAGAACCCUACCGAUGAAGAGAUCACAGAGUUUGUGCUACAGGCCGACACUAAUGGUAAUGGUACGAUAGAACUCCACGAAUUUCUCAAAAUCAUGCGACACUACGCCUCAGUUGACCCAGUAGAAGAGUUGACGAAUGCCUUCAAGGUGUUUGACCGAGAUGGGGAUGGCGUUGUCACAAUCGAGGAGUUGAAGAUGACAAUGAAGAAGUUGGGAGAAUGCAUGCCAGAUGAUGAGCUGGAGCAGAUAUUCAGGGAAGCUGAUGCCAAUGGGGACGGGGUGCUGGAAAUAUCAGAAUUUGUGAACUUCCUCCAACAUUGCUAGCAACAUCGUUAAGAGGACGAACGAUUAUUCAAGACUGCCAUUCAUCAAAAGUGAACCUUUCCUUCAACAAAAGACACAUUCUCAAAUCAGGACACUCAUUUUCGUUGCAAAUAUUUCGGGGGAGGGGGGGAGGGGGUUACUCUCACUCUUACGGAACAUACCAUAUACUUCGCACAUUACAAUACGAAUCUUUGAGUUCCCAAUAAGACACGUUUUGCUGAUGUGUACCUGUUGAAAAAGUAUAGCACACCUCCAAACCUCAUCAAUUAGACAGAUCUGAUAACUAUUGUGGUUCGAAAAGAUUUAGAUUCAACUUUUAAACAGCAGCUAUGAUAGGAAAUAAAGUUGAAGACAUACCAUUCA